UGUCGACUGUCAAUGUGCGCCAUUUUGGAUUGAAAAAAAAAAAAUCACGGGCAUUUCUGUAAGCCCAUAUUCACGAGUCUAAUAACUGUUUCCUUGUAAUAACCUGUACUGAAAUUACAAUCCUUACAACUCAAAUCACUAUCGGAAGACCCCCCAAAGAAGCCAGUUCUGUUGCAGAAAGUGGCAAUGGCAGGUGUCGGAGGAGGGAACGAUUUCCAAUGGUGCUUCUCUCAAGUGAAGGGAGCCAUAGACGAGGAUGUGGCUGAAGCCGACAUAAUCUCAACGGUUGAGUUUAACUAUUCUGGAGAUCUACUAGCAACGGGAGACAAAGGAGGUCGGGUCGUCAUAUUCCAACGGGAACAAGAGAGUAAAAACCGUCCUCAUUCCAGAGGAGAAUACAAUGUGUACAGCACUUUCCAGAGCCACGAACCCGAGUUUGACUAUUUGAAAAGCUUAGAAAUCGAGGAGAAAAUCAACAAAAUAAGAUGGUUACCCCAACAAAACGCUGCGCACUCUUUGCUCUCAACAAACGUCUUUCUACAGACGGAAGGCCAAGGUGACUGUACAUCUGUGCGAACACUGACGUGGGCUUUUUAUCACAACCCAGACAAGACCAUCAAACUGUGGAAAAUCAGCCAACGGGACAAAAGAGCAGAAGGCUACAACUUGAAAGACGAGGAUGGAAGACUGAGAGAUCCUUUUAGAAUCACGUCGUUACGGGUGCCUGUGCUGCUGCCCAUGGACCGGAUGGUGGAGGCUAGCCCACGGAGGAUAUUCGCUAACGCACACACAUAUCACAUCAAUUCCAUCUCUGUAAAUAGUGAUCAUGAAACAUACCUUUCAGCCGAUGAUCUCAGGGUUAACCUCUGGCACUUAGAAAUCACAGAUAGAAGUUUUAACAUUGUAGAUAUAAAGCCUGCCAAUAUGGAGGAGCUGACAGAAGUCAUCACAGCUGCAGAGUGCCAUCCACACCAGUGUAAUGUAUUUGUGUACAGUAGCAGCAAGGGGACCAUCCGCCUCUGUGACAUGCGCGCUGCUGCCCUCUGUGAUAGGCAAAGCAAAUUCUUCGAGGAGCCAGAGGACCCGAGCAGCCGGUCCUUCUUCUCAGAGAUCAUCUCCUCCAUAUCGGAUGUGAAGUUCAGCCACAGCGGCCGGUACAUGAUGACCAGAGACUACCUGUCAGUCAAGGUGUGGGAUCUGAACAUGGAAAACCGGCCUGUGGAGACUUACCAGGUGCACGAGUACCUGCGUAGCAAGCUCUGCUCACUGUAUGAAAACGACUGCAUCUUCGACAAGUUCGAGUGCUGCUGGAACGGUUCUGACAGUGCCAUCAUGACGGGCUCGUACAACAACUUCUUCCGGAUGUUUGACCGGAACACGCGGAGGGACAUCACCCUGGAGGCCUCUAGAGAGAACAGUAAACCUCGGGCCAUCCUGAAGGCCCGCAAGGUGUCCACCGGGGGCAAGAGGAAGAAGGACGAGAUCAGCGUAGACAGUCUGGACUUCAACAAGAAGAUCUUACACACCGCCUGGCACCCAAAGGAGAACGUCAUCGCUGUCGCCGCCACCAACAACCUCUACAUAUUCCAGGACAAGAUCAACUAAGCUUAACAAUCUCCCCCCGAAACUGUUCCGACCCUCCCCGACCCCAGCCAUCACACCUACCUACCGCGAAUGGACAGAAAUCUUGUACGUUACAUAGUUAAGAAUAGUCGUUACAUCUGUUUAAAGAAACAACAGCAGCCAUGUCUGUCCUCCUCACGAAGAAGAAAUGUGAUGCACUUGUUUCGUUGUGUAGCCAGCCAGCCAGACGCCUGGUCGCCUGCUGGAGUCAGACGGCCUGUUUCUUUUAGAGUCUGAGGUGUUUGGUUGGUUGGUUUGCGUCCUGUCUCGUUGCGAGGGCAGACAGAGGCAGGCAGGAGCCCCAGGUCUGACUCUGGACAGAUUAGCCCGGGCCUGACUGCAGCAGAAAUAUCGAUGGACAGCACUCAACAAAAGAGGCCAAAAAAUGUCCGUUUAAAGUUUUGUGUAUUUAUUUAAAAGUCUGAGCCUUGUUUUACUUCCUAUGAUUUGACGACACAUUAUGGAAUAAGGAGAAAAGAUGUUGUGUUGAAGUCAGAAUGAGAUAUUAGUCUCUUAACUGUAAAUCUGGGCCUUGGAGAAACUGAAAUGAAAUUAGCUUAAUUAAGUAGGGUUGCAAAUUCCCAGGUAACUUUCCUAAAAAAUUCCGAGGUAACUUUCCUAAAAAUUCCCAGGUAACUUUCCAGAAAUCCCAUUUGGACGAUUCCCAGAAUCGGAAAAGGAAUGAGCAGGAAAUUAUCCAGGAAUCAUGCAACUAGGAUGUUUGGAAAGUUAGGGGAAAUGUAACAGCCCUACUGGUAACAUUCCUCCUCCCUGGCCGACUCUCAGGCCUCCAUGUUGGACCUUGUUAAGCUCUUGAACACACGUCUCCAUGUUUGGUCAGUGGACAAUUGUUUUUGGUUAUUUUUAGUUUUUGGUUAUUUUUUUUUUAGCUUUUAUCCUUUUAUUAUUUUUUCUCUCUCAUGUAUAAUAACAUUUGACUCAUUGACUGUAUCUAUAUAACCACACCGUCUGGUGUCAACCACUUAAUAAAAGUAACGAAAACCACAA